UGAUCGUUACAAAGGAUGAUGCUAUCACAUCGAGCCUGUUGCUGGGGAAGACAACCAAUGGAUCUGUUAUGUAGCUUAUCCAUUAGACCUAUUUGAAGAGGGUUCCGUUACUAACAUGUUUACUUCCAUUGUAGGUAACGUAUUUGGUUUCAAAGCCCUACGUGCUCUACGUUUGGAGGAUCUACGAAUUCCCCCUACUUAUUCAAAAACUUUCCAAGGCCCGCCUCAUGGUAUCCAAGUUGAAAGAGAUAAGUUGAACAAGUACGGUCGUCCUUUAUUGGGAUGUACUAUUAAACCAAAAUUGGGAUUAUCCGCAAAAAAUUAUGGUAGAGCGUGUUAUGAGUGUCUACGUGGUGGACUUGAUUUUACCAAAGAUGAUGAAAACGUAAACUCACAACCAUUUAUGCGCUGGAGAGACCGUUUUGUCUUUUGUGCCGAAGCUAUUUAUAAAUCACAGGCCGAAACCGGUGAAAUCAAGGGGCAUUACUUGAAUGCGACUGCGGGUACAUGUGAAGAAAUGAUUAAGAGAGCUGUAUUUGCAAGAGAAUUAGGGGUUCCUAUUGUAAUGCAUGACUACUUAACUGGGGGAUUCACCGCAAAUACUACUUUGGCUCAUUAUUGCCGCGACAAUGGCCUACUUCUUCACAUUCACCGUGCAAUGCAUGCAGUUAUUGAUAGACAGAAAAAUCAUGGUAUGCAUUUCCGUGUAUUAGCUAAAGCAUUGCGUAUGUCUGGGGGAGAUCAUAUCCACUCCGGUACAGUAGUAGGUAAGUUAGAAGGGGAACGCGAAAUGACUUUAGGUUUUGUUGAUUUAUUGCGCGAUGAUUUUAUUGAAAAAGAUCGUGCUCGCGGUAUCUUUUUCACUCAGGACUGGGUAUCCAUGCCAGGUGUUAUACCGGUAGCUUCAGGUGGUAUUCAUGUUUGGCAUAUGCCAGCUCUGACCGAAAUCUUUGGGGACGAUUCUGUAUUACAAUUUGGUGGAGGAACUUUAGGACAUCCUUGGGGAAAUGCACCUGGUGCAGCAGCUAAUCGAGUGGCUUUAGAAGCCUGUGUACAAGCUCGUAACGAAGGGCGCGAUCUUGCUCGCGAAGGUAAUGAAAUUAUCCGAGCAGCUUGCAAAUGGAGUCCUGAACUAGCCGCAGCUUGUGAAAGUAUGGAAGGCGAUCAAAUUCGAGUUCGAGCCGGUAGAUACUAUUGAUUAACUAGAUAAAACUAAAGAUAAAGAAGGUAUAAAUAAAAAAGAAACGAAAUAAAAAGAGAAAAAAA